AUGAUUUGCAAUGCCAAGUUGAGCAAUUCUAGUCUAGCACCGGCAAAACUAAGAGAACACUUCCUUAAGCUGCAUGGAGAUGGAAAAUACAAGAACACAACGCUCGCUGAAUUCAAGGUGAGGAGAGCCAGAUUCGAUGAAAAGGCUAGUCUGCCUGUUCUCGGCUUUGUGCCCAUCAACAAACCGAUCCUCAUAGCAUUGUACGAAGUUGCUUACCUAAUCGCAAAGCAGGGCAAACCCCACACCAUUGGUGAAACACUCAUAAAACCAGCUGUGUUGAAGAUGGCGAAUAUCAUGCUGGGAAAAGCGGCUGAAGUUAAGUUAUCCCAAAUUCCUCUUUCAAAUGACACCAUCAGCGACAGAAUAGAGGACAUGAGCAAAGACAUCUUGGCUCAAAUAGUUGCAGAUCUGAUUUCAAGCCCGGCAAAAUUCAGCCUUCAACUCGACGAGACCACAGACGUCUCCAAUCUAAGCCAGCUUGCAGUAUUCGUGCGCUAUGUGAAAGACGACGUGAUAAACGAAGAGUUUUUAUUUUGUAAGCCUCUUACAACAACAACUAAGGCAGCCGAUGUGAAGAAACUUGUGGAUGACUUCUUCAAAGACAACAAUCUUUCGUGGGAUAUGGUUUCUGCAGUUUGUUCGGAUGGAGCUCCAGCCAUGCUGGGAAGAAAGUCUGGUUUUGGUGCGCUAGUGAAAGCCGAUGCACCACACAUCACUGUUACGCAUUGUAUUCUGCAUAGGAAUGCAUUGGCAACAAAAACCUUGCCUCCAAAACUGGCAGAAGUAUUAAAAAUUGUAGUGGAAUGUGUGAACUAUGUGCGAAAUAGUACUCUGAGGAACCGCAUCUUCAGGGAGCUGUGUAAAGAAAUGGGAUCUGAAUUUGAGGUACUUCUGUACCAUUCCAACGUUGGGUGGUUAUCCCGGGGACAGGUGUUGAAUCGUGUUUUUGCCGUGCGUGUGGAAUUAGCCCUGUUUUUGCAAGAGCACCAACAUUGUCAUGCAGAUUGCUUCAAAGAUUCUGAGUUCAUUCUCAUUUUAGCGUACAUGACUGAUAUCUUUGCAGCUCUAAAUCAUCUCAAUCAACAGAUGCAGGGCGGUAGAGUCCACAUCAUCGAAGCGGAAGAAAACCUGAAGGCUUUUCAAAAAAAGCUACCGUUAUGGAAACGACGAAUAGAGAACGAUAACUUUGCAAACUUUCCCCUGCUAGACGACUGUGUAAGUAAGAUCGAAGAUGUAUCUGGAAUCGGAGACAUUUCUGUACCCACGGAACUGAAGCAAGCAAUUUAA